AUUUCUUUCGAAAAUACUUCAGUCAUAUUGCAGUACAGUAAAGAGCCACACAGCUUCUGAAGUAUUUCAAUACAGUAUUUCUCUCAAAUAACCAAGGGACGAAAAGAUUUUCGAGCUAAUUGAAAAUAUUUUCCCACAAUCCAAAUUUUCUAUACGCUUGGAAAGGAGCAAACUGAACGAUUUGUUUUGAAAACUAUGGAUAAAUUCAUGAUAAUUAUUUCUGUCUCACUCUUGAUUCUCAUUGUAGCAGCAAAUGCCAAAGAGGACAGAAUCGCUUCAGAGGAGCCAGUCAAGGAUGCAUUAGGAGCUGUUGAUGGUUUCGAAAGUAAGGUAUGGUCUCCCCGACUGAGGAGGAAUGUGAACGAUGCUUCAUCAGACCAUUCUGUCAAAGUUGGGGAAAAAAUGUUUUCAAUGAUAAAAAAUAUUCCCAUGACACCACAAGCUCAUGCAAAAUUGAUUUUGGGAAUUGUCAUUUAUUUGUUGAACAAACUAUUAUCAAUCUGAACCAUGAAUUCACUUGAAAUUGAGAUUAUGUGCUGAUAAUUAAACUCUACUAUUUAACAAA